AGCCUACAGCUUAAAAUUGAGCUUUGAAUUUUGACACUCGGGAGAGAGACAGAAACAUAGAGACUAGAGUGAGGGCUAGAUAUUUAACCGGGCUUAGACAGAGAGGGACUGCACAAGUAGGGACACUCAGCAGUCACAGUAGGGACACCCAGGAGUCAGAGUAAGGACACUCAGCAGUCACAGUACGGACACUCAGGAGUAAGGACACUCAGCAGUCACAGUAGGGACACUCAGGAGUCAAUUUAGGUACACCCAGGAGUCAGAGUAGUUACACUCAUGGAUACAGCCACAAAGCAAGAGCCAUAAAAAUAAAUUAGCAACCACAGGAAAAAGGUUGAGAUUAGGCAAGGCAAACUUUGAGAGGAGAGGGUCCAGGUAUCAGAGACAUAAGGACAUAUACACUUACACCACUGUUCUGUGGGUGUCAUACAGUAUAUCCUGGACCCCCAGCCAUAGCCCUGGGGAUGAUGAUGGAGGCUCAGUACUGGAUGCUUUUCCUGUUCCUGUCGCUGUCCAGAGGCAAAUCCCCGCAGGGCUCUGAAUCGACCACCAGAGUACGCCCGGCAUCGAGAUUGCUGACCUCCGCUGCAGACCCGCUCUCAGUGCACAUGAUGCGGCUGUACGAGAGGUACAGCCGGGAGGGCAGCCGCCUCCAGGAGGGGAACACGGUGCGGAGUUUCCGGGCACAGCCAGAUUUCCUGGCUUCCCGUCCUACAUAUCGCUUCAAUUUGACAUCGCUUCAGCAGUCUGAAGUGGUCUUGGCUGCCACUCUUCACUUUGGACCUGACAAAGGCCCCAGGCCUCCCAGGGAGUCGUUCUGUAAACGUUCUAAGAAUGCCUCCUGCCGUCUUCUGCUUCCACCACAAACCCAAAGGGUCAGUGUUAUUUUCAGAAGCAUUCUCCACCACACAGACUUAGGUUCGGUGAAAGGGAAUGUGAGCAAUGUUCUUUCCUAUAAAAAAGGGUCCUGGCAUGUUAAAGACAUCACUGGCAUCAUCAGGGAGGCCCAGCGUCAACAGGACCUGUUCAUCUCAGUGGAGAUUGACUUUGGCCACAAGUUUUCUGCCAUUUCUGAAAAUAAUCCAAACGAGAUGCCAUACAUUUUAGUAUUUGCUAAUGAUAGAGCAAUUGCAGAACCCAACAGCGUGGCCAUGACCUUACAGAGGUACGACCCUUUCCAGCCCAACAUUGUAGUCUCAAAACAGCUGCCAAAUGCAUCUUCAGAGAGCAGAGUGAGGCGGGAGGCCACUUUCGCCACUUCCACCCAUGAUAAUGAACUUCCAGAUGCCACGUAUGUACGCUACAGCAAACAGGAUCUCUGGGAGAGUACCUACAAGUCCCUGAAGCAAAAGCCCUCAAGAAAGGAACGGAAGAAGAAGGGACAGGAGAAUGCCGAUACAAUGCCCAAAUCUCCAGUGUUGCACUUUGAUGAGAGGACAAUGAAGAAAGCGCGGAGGCGCCAGUGGGACGAGCCCAGGGACUGCUCCCGUAGGUACUUAAAGGUGGACUUUGCUGACAUUGGAUGGAGUGAAUGGAUUAUAGCCCCAAAAUCAUUUGAUGCUUAUUACUGUUCCGGUGUCUGUGAAUUUCCGAUGCCAAAGGUUGUACGACCCUCGAAUCAUGCAACCAUUCAGAGCAUCGUCAAGGCUGUGGGGAUAAUUCCUGGUGUCCCAGAGCCGUGCUGUACACCCGACAGAAUGAGCUCACUCACUGUCCUUUUCCUGGAUGAAAGCGGAAAUGUGGUGUUAAAAGUGUACCCCAACAUGUCAGUGGAGAGCUGCUCUUGCAGAUAAUGGCAGGAGGAAGUCACACAGAACUCUUCGUCUAAGUAGGCCAUGGAUGAACAAGGCCUUUAAACCUUCUCUUUAUUCCAAAUCCUUCCCACACUGCUAGGAAUCCUUGGGCGAUUCAAUUCUAAACUGUCCCGGGAGAAGCGUUGCAAAUAGACACUCAGUUCAAAGAACAGUAUACAGUACUUUGAGAACAAUACUAAGAGACACAAUACAGGUGCUAUUGUUCCCGGUGCAUUCUCGGUCAGUGACUUUGUGGUAUGGGGGGGAAAAAAACUUGCAAGGAAUAAAUCUGGAGUGGGCAUUUUUUUGUUUAUUCCCAAAAGGAGUUGAUGUUGCUUUACAAAUUUUUUUUAUGUUUAAAUUCAAGAGGUGUUUAAAAUUGUGCGUAUUUGUGUAAUAUAUAUAUUUUGUUAAUGUAGAGAACUAUAGAUUUAUAUAUCAAUAUGGUUCAAAAGCAUUGUGCUUCCAUUAUGUACAGUGGCAUUUAUGUAAAGUUCAUCUUUAUUAACCAUAUAGAAUUUUUACAUUUCUAUAUGGAAAACUAAAUAUAAUUGAACUUCACAAUUUAUUUAAGUAGAAAAAAAACUCUUAUGCUGGGUACACACUAGGGUGACUGAACGGCCAUCCGGCUGAGCCAUCAACCUAUCUGACAAUUGGUAAGUGCAUACACACUUACCAAUUGUUGGCCCGAUGUGUCGUGCCUGACAUCACAACUGUCACAACCGUCACAUGUGCCCACCCAGUUGAGAUGUCAGUCACCAGCGGCCUCUGCAACAAGUGAACUGGUUGUAGGAAUAUCGCCUGCACCCACAGUGCGAUGCGCCGAUAUAUCUGCAGAUAUGUCAUUUAUCGGCUGUGCAGUUCACAGACAUAUCGCUGGUACACACCUGCCGACCUUUCAAUUAAAUGCCUGAUAUAUCGGCCAGUUUGUAGCCAGCUUUAGUGUUGAUUAUAUUUAAAGCUUGUUCAGAUUUUACCUGCCUUCUCAGUAAGUUGGAUUCUACAUUUUUGCAGCCACCGCCCUUGCAAUGGCAGUAGUAUUGCCACUGCGUUUUUAGCAUAUGUUCCUAAACCUGUAAUUGUUAUAAUAGUAUGUUAAAAGUCACAUUGAACACAUUGAAUUCUACUUUUUGACUCUAGCCAUGAUGCACUGCAGUAGUUAUACAAUUGUGUCAGUGGUGUUAACGUGGUAUGACUAAAUCGCCAUAAUUUCACCCCAUAAAAUCAUGUGUUGAUGUAUCAAGAAUGGAGAAGCGGAACAGCAGUGGAGAAGUUACCCGUAACAAUCAGCUUUGAGGUACAAAUGUGAAAAAGGGGACCACCGACUGGCACAUGCCCAGUGUUCACACCCAAGAAGUCAUUGGAUUGCAUGGUGCGAACGGUGCCACAGCAUGGCGUAAUAUGUCGGGCACUUGCACGGAAAUUCGUUUGCUGUGCCACGCUGCCAGCAACAAUGUAAGUGGAUACAUCUGUAGCAUUUACCAACUACAUUAUAGAAAAUAAGUAGAAGAUUAUUGGUUGCUAUGGGCAACUUCUCCAUUUUUUUACUGUUUGCUAGAUCACCCACUUGUUUAUAUAAGGGUCUAAAUUACUGGCACUCUUUAUAGAGCAUUAGAGAUUUUAUAGGUGUUAUUGCACCCACUACUGAUCUAAUAGUGGCCUAUAAUAUCACGUUAUAAGAGCAAAAUCAUUACGCAAAAUAUUCACUAACUUAAUGCAUGAUUAUCUGGUAAUACUAAUCAGUGAGUGAUUAGUACACUCAGUACAAUGCCACUUUAAAGAUUAAAGAGAAAAACUACUAAUCAGGAGCCUUUUCCCAUUAGAAAUUAAUCCCUGAAUGUACAGUACUAACCACUGAGCAGCUGUUCUUGUAUGAUGCAAUUCAGACUAAUAAAUCUAAAAUAUAGUCAGUUCCUACUGGUUAGAGCAAAUCUGUGCUACUUGCACAAUAUUAGUAUAUAAUCCCCUUAGAAUUAUUGUGUUGUCACCUUGUUUGUUUGUUUGUUUGUUUGUUUGUUUGUUUGUGUGAAUGUGUUUGUACUGUGUUCCAUUUCUCUGAGAAUGUAAUUUAUGCUCUGAAAACUCAACUAAUAUGUCUAUGGAAUAUUUUUAUAUUACAUAAUCAUAAAAUAUCUGUCCGCUUUGUGUUGAUUAUUUUGAAGGUAAAAUUAUUUUUUUGCAAAGUGCCUCAAUUCUAUUUGAGCUAGUGAAUAUG